CCACAAAGUUGCCGAAGCCGAAAAACGUUGGGAAAAAUGGAAAAAGCAGUAAAGAUAACGUCUUUAACAGUGGAUGUGCGAGCGGGAUAAGGAAUAUCAGCGACGGAGCGGAGUGUUUGCUCCCCCAAAAGCGGAUUUCCAAGUGACAAUGUUGCCGAGGGAGGAAAGAACGAAGACCUUCUGGCUCUUCCAUUGAAAGUACUUUUACUUUACUCAUGGAGGAAGGAGCAAGUCUGGAGUCAUGAGCACCACAGGUGUGAAGAAGCCUCCAUUAGCGCCCAAGCCUAAACUUCCCUCUGUUGCCAAGCCCUCCCCUCCACCCAUCGCCCCCAAACCGGGCCUGCUUGCCCUGCCCCCCGUCGUCUCCCAGCCGUCCCCUGCCACCCUCAAGAGGACCAAGCCGGCUGUUGCCCCCAAGCCCUGCAUCCCCAAACCCGCCCCCACAGCUUUGCCCCCGCCCCCGCCGCCGCCCCAACCCGGCAGCCACCUUAUCUUAUCUCAGGACCAGGAGGCGGCGCUAGAGGACGACCUCUCGCUUCUCAAUACCAAAAAUGGGUUUCUAUCCGAGGCUGUCGAGCGGGAAUCGGACUACAUCAUUCCCACCUGCUCCUGCGGGCGGCGGGACUGCUCCCAGUGCCGGCGCCUGGAAAACGGAGUGCACAAAGCAGACGAGCCAAAGAACGGGAUUCACGAAGAGGAGUGUGUGUGCUCCGAGAGGAGCGAGGGGUUCAACAAAAGGCCUCGGGACAAGCCUCAGCGACAGAGACACUUGGACCGGCUGGUCAAAGUGGGGUGUGAGGACAAGUCCGUCAAAGAGGAUCCUGACGCUGCUGAUCCAUGCUCAGCAGACGUCAGCUGUGAUGUUGCAGGCAGCAUCAUCAUCUCCACUCCUCCAGCGGAGCAUCCCCAGGAAGAAAGCAACACCUGUUUACCCUCUGAUUUGACCGUCCCUGCCCCACCAAGUAAGCCUCUCCCCGUCCCCCAACCUCGGCGGUUUAAAAAGCCCACCCUGGUGAGGCAGGACGGCGUGGAGGGAGGAGUCCAGGAUCAAAAACCAGAGGAGCUGAAACAGGACUCCAGUGACUCUCCUUCCCAGGAAGGCUUGAGCCAUGGUCAGGAUGAGCCCAGCGCACCUGUCCCCCCUCCCCGACAGACCUCCCUCUCACCUCGCCUCCACAGAACGGUCCACGUGUCCCCGACACUGAACAAAAACACCUCCCACUCCCUGAGCCUGCUUUCCCGACCGGAGCUGAUGAGCGGCCACGGGGGUGAGGAGCAACGAGACGCAGGGGGCGAGGAGGAAGACGGGUACGGUGACUUCAAGCGCUACCCCGUCACUCACAGCCUCCCCAAGCAGAUCAAGCUGGGCUGCCCCCCGCCUCCGCUUCACGCCAGGAAGGCCUUCUCCGCCGAGGACCCCCCGUCGGUGAGGCCGCCGCCCCGAAAACCUCAGAGACACAGCCUGCCCGCGCCCCCGCCACCCUCCAUCUGCCCCCCGGCCCCUCCUCACGGCCCCAUGAGAGAGCUGCCCGCCCCUCCCCAGGAGAAGACGCCGUGGCGCUUCACUCGACCGUGUGUCACCUUCUUCAGCCGCCAGGUGCCCAGCAGGAGCAGCGUACCUCCCAAGAGCCGAGCCCCCCCAGUGCUGGGGGGCAAGCAGCGGGCACAGUCCUUCUCUGCGGCCGACCUGGCGACCCCCGCAAGCCUCGACCCCCACAAGAGGAGCCUCUCCUUCCGCAAGCUGCUGGAGCUUCGCGUGUCCGUGAAGAUGCUGCCAAAGCUGCUGGCCAAGGGAGGACACUCCUUGGACUGUACCAACGUGGACUCAAAGCGGGGGGGCCGGAAAGGCCCCGAGCGGCCCAGCAGCUGCAUCGGGGAGGUCGACCUCAGCGGGGACUGCCAUGACGUGGAGUACGAGAACGUUCCGCUGUACGAGGAGAUCCCGGAGUACAUGAACCUGCCCUUUCACAGCGCCAGGCUGGGCUGGUCACAUGACCUCGACGGCGCAGACUCGGACAUCUACGAGGCUCAGGACCCCUACCAGAGGUUCCAGGAGGACGACAGCGACUGGCCGAGGAGGGAUGUCCACUCUGAGGAAGACGAGGCCCGCAGUUCGGAUGACGAGGACAACAGCUCCACCUCCAGCAAGGAGCAUGUGGAGGAGGCGGACAGACAGCUGGAGGACGAGACCAAGAGGAGGAAGGUGGUGCACAUCGCCCAGGAGAUCAUGAGCUCGGAGAAAGUGUUUGUGGACGUCCUCAAGCUUCUGCACAUAGACUUCCGGGAUGCGGUCGCCAAGGCGACGCGUCAGAACGGGAAGCCGGUGGUGGACGAGCGCGUCCUCAGCCAGAUCCUGUACUACCUGCCUCAGCUCUACCAGCUCAACAAGGACCUGCUGAGAGAGCUGGAGGAGAGGGUGGCACACUGGAGCGAGCACCAGCGCCUGUCGGACAUCUUUGUCCAGAAGGGCCCCUACCUGAAGAUGUACUCCACCUACAUCCGCCAGUUUGACAACAACGUGGCACUUUUGGACGAGCAGUGCAGGAAAAACCCUCCGUUUGCCGCCGUCGUCAAAGACUUUGAGAUGAGUCCUCGCUGUGCUAGUCUGGCUCUGAAACACUACCUGCUGAAGCCGGUCCAGAGAAUCCCUCAGUACCAGCUGCUGCUCACGGAUUACCUAAAGAACCUGCCGCAGGCCUCCGAGGACUACAAGGACACACAAGCGGCCCUUGGCAUCGUGAAGGAAGUCGCCAACCACGCCAACGACAUCAUGAAACAAGGGGACAACUUUCAGAAACUGAUGCAGAUUCAGUACAGUCUGAACGGCCACCACGAGAUAGUUCAGCCAGGCAGGGUGUUCCUGAAGGAGGGCACGCUCAUGAAGCUGUCACGGAAGGUCAUGCAGCCUCGGGUGUUCUUCCUGUUCAAUGACGCCCUCAUGUACACCACACCGGUCCAGUCCGCCCAGUACAAACUCAACUGCGUGCUCUCCUUGGCUGGGAUGAAGGUGAGUAAGCCCAGUCAGGAGGCCUACCAGAACGAGCUGAACAUCGAGAGCGUGGAGCGCUCCUUCAUCCUGUCUGCGAGCUCGGCGACAGAGAGAGACGAGUGGCUGGAGGCCAUCGCCAAGGCCAUCGACGACCACACCAAGAAGAAAAUAACCUUCAUAUCCAGUCGCAGCCAGGAGGAGGCCGACGGCGUGCUGGACGGCGGGGCCCCUCUGGGUUCCAAGGCUCCCAUCUGGAUCCCGGACCUCAGGGCUACCAUGUGCAUGAUCUGCACCUGCGAGUUCACCCUCACCUGGAGGCGGCAUCACUGUCGAGCGUGUGGCAAGGUGGUGUGUCAGGCCUGUUCGGCCAGCAAGUACUACCUGGAGUACCUGAAGAACCAGCCAGCACGGGUGUGCGACCACUGCUUUGCCAAACUGCAGGAGAACAGUGACCGCUGCGCCUCGUCAUCAGUGUCGCCCAUCAAAUCCGGAGCUUUCUCCUUCACAAGAAAGCAAAAGAAGAUUCCGGCAGCGCUAAAAGAGGUGUCGGCCAACACGGAAAACUCAUCCAUGAGCGGCUACCUGAACAGGUCAAAGGGGAACAAGAAGCAAUGGAAGCGGCUGUGGUUCGUCAUCAAAAACAAAGUGUUGUACACCUACGCCGCCAGCGAGGACGUGGCGGCGCUAGAGAGUCAGCCCUUGCUCGGCUUCUUCCUCAGGGAGGAGAAGAACGGGCCGGCCCAGAAGAUGCAGUUCAAGCUGUACCAUAAAAACACGCUUUUUUACAUCUUUAAAGCUGACGACAUCCCCACCGCGCAGAGAUGGAUCGAAGCUUUUCAGGAGGCCAUGAUCCUUGAACAGUAGUCACCUGCAUGAGGCCUGCAGGUCAAUGGUCACCAGCUCAGGAAGGACUAUAAAGAGAUGGGACACCAGAUGCCUUUUUGAAAAGAAACGGGUGCUUUUUCUUCUUUCCAAACAUAUAUCCUUGCCUUCUAAAGCUCAGCAGAGCCAGUCGAGGUCGGUGGCGGUCGUGUUUGUGGAAGUGAGAGCGAACGUGUGCCGGGACCGUUUCAAACCCGGGGAAGCGCAGGAAGUCUGACACCCUGGGAGGGAUCACAUUGAAGCAAAUGAAGGAUGUAUUCCUUGUGCUACUUUUUGAAUGAAUUCCAAGCAGCAUUUUACUGUGAAAAUCAGGCUUGGACAAAGAAACAGGAAGUUUGUUUUCUGCUCUCAGCUUGACGUCUCCAAAUCAGAGAUUUUGUUUAGAUAUCAAGUUACUGACUGAGAGCAUCCUGGGGGAAACUGGAAGGGAAUCAUUUGGAUCUGUUUUUCAUACUCGUCAGAAUGCUAAACCACAUUAGAAGUGGCAUGUAGGUAUUUUUGUGUAUAUGGCAGAGCAACAUUGACCUUUUUAUAUGAUAUUUAUGAUGUAUGAAGAGGCAGUACAAGCUGUCACCUCUUGGUAGUCAGGGUUUGUUUGACUUUCACCACACCUUUCUGUGUAUUUUAAAUGUGGAAAAGGAACUUUUUUUUUGGUUGCACUACUCAUGGAUGUAUUUUGCCCCCACUGCCAAAGAAAUUAUACCAGUUUUUUUUAAAUUGUGCCUUAAUUUUACUCAUGAAGCCAACAAUCACAAUGUAACAUGAAUUCUGCAGGUUGUUUGACCUUCAUCAUGCUGUCUCCUCAAAAUCUACACCAGCUGACAUAAGACCUGACGUGUUUUCUGGGUUCAUCAACAAAUAACUUGUCUGGGAACGCUUUUCAAGCGCUGGGAAGCAUGUGUUGUUUACUCAUGAUUGUACAUUAGCAGUGAUUAUUUUAUAAUAUCAACAGCGUGGAGGUAGAGUCUCCCACAAACGUUUAUUCUUAACUG